UCUGGGUUUCUGGAUGCGCGCGCAGCUCACACGUCGCCUGGGCCGGCUUCACGGGUGCGUCUGUCCGCGCCUGGUGCACCGGUAUGGCCUGGGCUGCCGGGAGUCCGGGGCCCCGGGCAUUCCUGGCCGAAGAUUGACGGGGAUCCCGGAUGCUCCGAACGCCUCUGUGCCCUCGCCGAGGGGUCCAGACCUGGUGGGAAGAAGGCGCAGGGAGAGGUACCUGAGGACCCUGAUGCGUACGAGCCAAGAUGCUCAGCUUUAUAGGUGUGACCUACUCAUGUGACUUCACCUCAGUUUUGUGAUCCGUAAAAUGGACAAAAUCGAAGCUACUUCCCAGUGCUGUUGAGAGGAUUAAAUGAAACAAUGCUUGUAAAGCUCUUUGCAGGAGGGAGCCUCGGAAGCAGGACCUGGCCGGCAGAGCAGACCCACUGUCACCAGGGACUACAGGCAGCAUGAAGACCCCCAUGGAGCUGGCUGUCAGUGGGAUGCAGACCCUCCACCUUCAGCACCGCUGCCGGACUGGCUACCGGGUCAAGGCCAGGCCAUCAUAUGUGGAUGAGAGUCUGUUUGGCAGCCCAGCAGGCACCCGGCCCACCCCACAAGACUUUGAUCCUCCCUGGGUGGAGAAGGCUAACAGAACCAGAGGUGUGGGCAAGGAGGCAUCGAAGGCCUUGGGGGCAAAGGGGAGCUGUGAGACCACCCCCUCAAGGGACAGCACCCUGACCCUCACACCAAGGAAGAAGAACAGAUACAGACUGAUCAGCCACACCCCAUCUUACUGUGAUGAGUCGCUAUUUGGCUCCAGAUCUGAGGGCGCCAGCUUCGAGGCCCCACGGAUGGCGAAGGGGGAUGCCGCAAAACUACGUGCUCUCUUCUGGACACCACCAGCUACCCCUAGGGGCAGCCACUCACCUCGCCCCAGGGAGGCCCCACUGCGAGCCGUUCACCCAGCUGGUCCCUCCAAGACAGAGCCCUGGGUGGCGGCAGACUCCCAGAAAUUAUCCAUGGAUGGGUUACGCUCGUCACACCCCCUGAGGCGGGGACUUUCCCGUUCCCUCACCCACCUGAAUCUCCCCAGCACUGGUCAUCCAGCCACCAGUGCCCCCCACACAAAUAGGCCUCAGGAUCCCAGGCCUUCCACAUCAGGGGUGACCUUCCGGAGCCCCCUAGUGACUUCCAGGGCUCGCUCAGUCAGCAUUUCAGUGCCAGCUACCCCACGGCAAGGUGGGGCCACCCAGAAACCAAAGCCCCCUUGGAAAUGAUACUCUUUCAUCAGGGUUGCCUAUGGGGCCACGGCGAGAGGUGUGACCCCUUGUCAGGGUCCUCUGGGAGGACAUUCAUCACCCAGGGAACCCUAGGUAUUGAAGAAGCCCCAGUAGGGGCAGACAGACAGCAGGGGCGGGCAGAGUGCCUCCCUUUAUCCUGACAAUCUCUACUCGCUUCUUGCCUUUUUCUCCCCUGAUUGCAGAUUUGGGGGCUGCCUUGAAGAUGUCUCACUCCAGCCCUGUCUCAACCACACUCCAAAUUAGUGCCAACCCAGGGGCCCAGCACCUCCCACAUCAUCCAUUGUCUUGCUGCCAAGUGCAAAUAAACAGUGCGAUUGCCAACCUGGA